AUGACCAGGAGGCUGGAGCAGCACAUCCGGCAUCUCCACUGGGGAGCUGGUGGCUUCAGGCCUGCAGAGGGGAUGGUGGCUAGCUGCUGUAAGGCCCAGAUCUGCUGCUGUUGCGGCCCAGCCCCCUGUGGCUUCUGCUGCUCCUGCUGCCCCAGCAUUAAGGUGUCCACAGGAAGCCGCAUCCUCUACACCCUCUUCCACGUCCUGGCCUCUGCGGUGUGCUGCCUCAUGCUCUCCCGCACCGUCUCCGAAGCCGUCAAGGAGAACGUGCCUUUCUACGCCCUGCUCUGCGAGCACCUCCCCGGGGGCAUGGACUGUGACAUCCUGGUGGGCUACUCGGCAGUCUACAGGGUCUGCUUCGGAACCGCCUGCUUCUACCUGGCUCAGGCCGUCUUCCUGAUCAACGUGAGAUCCAGCAGCAACUUCCGCGCCCUGCUGCACAACGGGUUCUGGUUCCUGAAGCUGCUGAUUCUGGUCGGGCUUUGUGCAGCAGCCUUCUUCAUCCCUGAUGACCGAUUCCUGCAAGCCUGGCACUACGUGGGCAUCUGUGGCGGUUUUGCCUUCAUCCUCGUCCAGCUGGUGCUGAUAACAGCCUUUGCCCAUACCUGGAACAAGAACUGGCUGCUGGGCGCGUCCCAAGACAAACGCUGGUACCUGGCCGUGCUGCUGGCCACGCUCGCAUUCUACACCAUCGCCUCCACUGCCGUCUCCUUCCUGUACAAGUACUACACCCACCCGGCCGGCUGCUUGCUCAACAAGGCCCUGCUCACCCUCAACGUCAGCCUGUGCGGGCUCCUGUCCUUCCUCUCCAUCACGCCCUGCGUGCGGCUCCAACAGCCCCGCUCCGGCCUCCUGCAAGCAUCUAUCAUCAGCUGCUACGUCAUGUACCUCACCUUCUCGGCCCUGUCCAGCCGCCCACCGGAGAGAGUGCUGUACAAGGGGCAGAACCUCACCGUCUGCUUCCCUAGCGUCAGCAAGGAUGGGCUGCAGACAGAAGACACCACAGUUGCCAUCCUGGGAGCCACCAUCAUGUAUGCCUGUGUUCUCUUGGCAUGUAACGAGGCCUCCUACCUUGCUGAGAUGUUUGGGCCCCUGUGGAUGGUCAAAGUCUAUAGCUUUGAGUUCCAAAAACCCUCCUGUUGCUUCUGUUGUUCUGACAAGACCGGGGAAAAGCUGGAAGAGCGGGUAUGUCAGCAGGAGGAGGGGCCUGCAGGGGGGCAGAGGAUCAUCUACAAUGAACAUGAGCACGUUGUUUACAGCUACUCGACCUUCCACUUCGUCUUCUUCCUCGCCUCGCUCUACGUCAUGAUGACCCUCACCAACUGGUUCAGCUACGAGAAUGCGGUCCUGGAGACGACCUUCACCCACGGCAGCUGGUCGACGUUCUGGGUGAAGGUGGCCUCGUGCUGGGCCUGCAUCCUGCUGUACUUCGGGCUCCUGCUGGGCCCCCUGUGCCGCUCCGGCUUGCGCCAGCGCCGGCGGGGCAGCCCGCCCCUGCGCAUACUGCGCCGCCGGCGCCCGCUCCAGCGCAUCAGCGUCUCCACGUAGCCCUGCUGCUGGGACUGGACAAGGUGCUGGGCCGGGCAGCUGGCUGCAGGGCUAUGGAGAGGGAGGGACCGGGGGCAGGGCCCAAGCAGCCGGUUCAGGAUCAGGGGGGCAGGGCUGCCCUCCCUGCCUGCCAGCCAUGACUCUGGACUGGCUCCACAUACCGAAGAGCCUGCAAGCACGGCACCCACCAGCCCUGCUCUGCCUCUGCCUUGAGGAUGACCCACCCCGGCUUCGUCCCACCCAUGGCUGUUGGGGACUAGGAAACUGCUGAGAAAUUCAAGCAGGAUCCCAGAUCAGGUCCAGGGCCGCCCCCAGGCAGGAACUCCCCCAGCGCCAGCGGUCCGGGGACAUCGCCCCAGCAUGGAGUCCCCCAACAUCGUCAAGGAAGCCUACGUCGGAGAGCUGGCCUUCAGGGACCUCUCACAGAACUGGCUUGUCUCGAGCAGCAUCGGCUAGUCCGACCUGCCCCGCUCUGGUCCAGCUGGGGCGGGGGCUCCUCUGGCAGAAUGUCUUUCAUGUGCGGCGUGUGAGGCCCAGAGCACAGGGCAGUGGCUGGGCUAUCGCCAUGCCCCUCACACCUCAGCUGCAGCUCCUGCUCUGUUGGCCUUGAGAGGGCAUCUGUAAGGCUCUGCCCCAGCCCGCCUGCAGGUGCUGUGGCCUGGCUGCCCCCCUCCUGUGACUGUCCUGCUUCCUGGAGCCACACCAGCCUGCCCUCCAGUCAUGCCGUGCAAGGCGAGCGGGACUGUAAAUCACUCCUGGUGUCUGUUUCUACAUAAAGCCCUGAGCUGAGCCUGUGUGGAACUGUGCGCGCAUGCCUGCAGGCCCUGGCUCAGGGGCCAGCCCCCUCUGGCCCCCCAGUGCCUGCCUGGAACCAGGGACCUACCCCAGUGCCCAUCCCCACCCCGCUGCUGUUUGCCUGUGGGACGCUGGAGCUCAGGCUGCAGCCACUGGGGAGGCAGGCUCAGCUCCUCUGCAGAGGGCCCUGGGGGUUGA